AUGGUAGAAGCAGUAUCUCGUGAAGAAUUGUCUGAAGCAUCUAGUCCUGAAGAAGAAGUGAAGGAACUAUAUCAGCCCCUGAAAGUUUACUUGAGAGUUCGGCCCUUCUCAAAGGCAGAGCUUGAAAAUAAUGAAAACCAGGACUGCUUAAUUAUUGAAAAUCAAGAGACAAUAACACUUCAGACUCCAAAAGAAUUGGCGCAAAUAAAGAAUAAUGAAAAGAAGAUUGGACAAUCUGCACAUCAAUUCACCUUCACAAAGGUUUUUGGACCAGAUACAACGCAAAAUGAAUUUUUUGAAGGCACAAUGAAAGAUAUUGUAAACGCUUACCUUGACGGAAGAAAUGGCCUUGUUUUUACUUAUGGCGUCACUAAUGCAGGCAAAAGUUUCACUGUCCAAGGUUGUCCAAAAGAUGGUGGCAUUCUUCCUCGCUCCCUUGAUAUGAUCUUUAAUCAUAUAAAAGGAAGACAGUAUUCAAAGAUGAAUUUAAAACCUUGCUUCAGUAAUCUUACCAAGAUGCUAAAUGACAUGCAAGUUAAGCAAGAAGAAUCCAUUAAAGCUGCACUUCUUUAUGACAAGCCUGAAUUUGUAAAAUCAGAAGCUUAUAACAUUGGUCAGAAAACCUUGGCAUCACUUUGGGUUUCCUUCUUUGAAAUUUAUAAUGAAUAUAUUUAUGACUUGCUGGACUUACUACCAGUCUUGAAAAAUCAGAAGCGCAAAGUUUUAAGAAUCUGUGAGGAUCAAGGAGGAAACUUUUACAUUAAAGAUUUAAAAUGGGUCAAUAUAUCAGAUUCAGAAGAGGCUUGUAAAAUACUUAAAAUAGGAAAUAAGAAUAGAAGCUUGGCAAGCACCAAGAUGAACCAGCAAUCCAGUCGAAGUCAUAGUAUAUUUUCUAUUCGACUCCUCAGUUUGAGUGAUGAAGAUGUGCCACAUACUCUUGGAAUCUCUGAACUUUCCUUCUGUGACUUGGCUGGUUCAGAAAGAUGCCAUAAAGCUCAAACCUUUGGAGACAGACUGAAAGAAGCUGGCAAUAUUAAUAAUUCUCUUCUUAUUCUUGGGAAAUGCAUUGCAGCUCUGAAACAAAAUCAAAAUUCAAA